AUGGACAAGACGAUGAACCAGCAAGAAUUUGUAACUGUGAAGGGAGAGCGUUACGACACCAAGCGUCCGAAGGAUUCCGAAAUCCUCAAAGGCGAUGGCUCGUUCAUGGACAGGACGAUGAACCAGCAAGAAUUUGUAACUGUGAAGGGAGAGCGUUACGACACCAAGCGUCCGAAGGAUUCCGAAAUCCUCAAAGGCGAUGGCUCGUUCAUGGACAAGACGAUGAACCAGCAGGAGUACGUGACAGUGAAAGGCGAGCGUUACGACACCAAGCGUCCGAAGGAUUCCGAAAUCCUCAAAGGCGAUGGCUCGUUCAUGGACAAGACGAUGAACCAGCAGGAGUACGUGACAGUCAAAGGCGAGCGUUACGACACCAAGCGUCCGAAGGAUUCCGAAAUCCUCAAAGGCGAUGGCUCGUUCAUGGACAAGACGAUGAACCAGCAGGAGUACGUGACAGUCAAAGGCGAGCGUUACGACACCAAGCGUCCGAAGGAUUCCGAAAUCCUCAAAGGCGAUGGCUCGUUCAUGGACAAGACGAUGAACCAGCAGGAGUACGUGACAGUGAAAGGCGAGCGUUACGACACCAAGCGUCCGAAGGAUUCCGAAAUCCUCAAAGGCGAUGGCUCGUUCAUGGACAAGACGAUGAACCAGCAGGAGUACGUGACAGUCAAAGGCGAGCGCUACGACACCAAGCGUCCGAAGGAUUCGGAAAUCCUCAAAGGCGAUGGCUCGUUCAUGGACAAGACGAUGAACCAGCAUAGAAUUUGUAACGUGAAGGGAGAGCGUUACGACACCAAGCGUCCAGCGAAGGAUUCCGAAAUCCUCAAAGGCGAUGGCUCGUUCAUGGACAAGACGAUGAACCAGCAGGAGUACGUGACAGUCAAAGGCGAGCGUUACGACACCAAGCGUCCGAAGGAUUCGGAAAUCCUCAAAGGCGAUGGCUCGUUCAUGGACAAGACGAUGAACCAGCAGGAGUACGUGACAGUCAAAGGCGAGCGUUACGACACCAAGCGUCCGAAGGAUUCCGAAAUCCUCAAAGGCGAUGGCUCGUUCAUGGACAAGACGAUGAACCAGCAGGAGUACGUCACAGUGAAAGGAGAGCGUUACGACACCAAGCGUCCGAAGGAUUCCGAAAUCCUCAAAGGCGAUGGCUCGUUCAUGGACAAGACGAUGAACCAGCAGGAGUACGUGACAGUCAAAGGCGAGCGUUACGACACCAAGCGUCCGAAGGAUUCCGAAAUCCUCAAAGGCGAUGGCUCGUUCAUGGACAAGACGAUGAACCAGCAGGAGUAUACAGUCAAAGGCGAGCGUACGACACCACGUGACAGUGAAAGGCGAGCGUUACGACACCAAGCGUCCGAAGGAUUCCGAAAUCCUCAAAGGCGAUGGCUCGUUCAUGGACAAGACGAUGAACCAGCAGGAGUACGUGACAGUCAAAGGCGAGCGCUACGACACCAAGCGUCCGAAGGAUUCCGAAAUCCUCAAAGGCCGGGAAAUCCUCAAAGGCGAUGGCUCGUUCAUGGACAAGACGAUGAACCAGCAGGAGCGAUGGCUCGUUCAUGGACAAGACGAGAACCAGCAGGAGACGUGACAGUCAAAGGUGAGCGUUACGACACCAAGCGUCCGAAGGAUUCCGAAAUCCUCAAAGGCGAUGGCUCGUUCAUGGACAAGACGAUGAACCAGCAGGACAGGCGACAGGCGCCGGGGGUACGUGACAGUCAAAGGCGAGCGUUACGACACCAAGCGUCCGAAGGAUUCCGAAAUCCUCAAAGGCGAUGGCUCGUUCAUGGACAAGACGAUGAACCAGCAGGAGUACGUGACAGUCAAAGGCGAGCGUUACGACACCAAGCGUCCGAAGGAUUCCGAAAUCCUCAAAGGCGAUGGCUCGUUCAUGGACAAGACGAUGAACCAGCAGGAGUACGUGACAGUCAAAGGCGAGCGUUACGACACCAAGCGUCCGAAGGAUUCCGAAAUCCUCAAAGGCGAUGGCUCGUUCAUGGACAAGACGAUGAACCAGCAGGAGUACGUGACAGUCAAAGGCGAGCGCUUACGACACCAAGCGUCCGAAAGAUUCGGGGAUCUUCGCAGGUGACGGGGAGAGCGUUACGACACCAAGCGUCAAGUGACACCAAGCGUCCGAAGGAUUCCGAAAUCCUCAAAGGCGAUGGCUCGUUCAUGGACAAGACGAUGAACCAGCAGGAGUACGUGACAGUCAAAGGCGAGCGUUACGACACCAAGCGUCCGAAGGAUUCGGAUAUCGUCACAGGCGACGGGUCCUUCACCGACAAGACAAUAAAUCAGCAGAGUAAUUGUAGUGAAGGAGAGCGUUACGACACCAAGCGUCCGAAGGAUUCCGAAAUCCUCAAAGGCGAUGGCUCGUUCAUGGACAAGACGAUGAACCAGCAGAGGAUGCGACAAAGUGAAGAGCGUUACGACACCAAGCGUCCGAAGGAUUCUGAAAUCCUCAAAGGCGAUGGCUCGUUCAUGGACAAGACGAUGAACCAGCAGGAGUACGUGACAGUCAAAGGCGAGCGUUACGACACCAAGCGUCCGAAGGAUUCGGAAAUCCUCAAAGGCGAUGGCUCGUUCAUGGACAAGACGAUGAACCAGCAAGAGUACGUAACAGUGAAAGGCGAGCGUUACGACACCAAGCGUCCGAAGGAUUCCGAAAUCCUCAAAGGCGAUGGCUCGUUCAUGGACAAGACGAUGAACCAGCAGGAGUACGUGACAGUCAAAGGCGAGCGUUACGACACCAAGCGUCCGAAGGAUUCUGAAAUCCUCAAAGGCGAUGGCUCGUUCAUGGACAAGACGAUGAACCAGCAGGAGUACGUGACUAAGGCUGACACCAAGCGUGAAGGAUUCUGA